GUGCCAUUAUGGUAUCAGUUUUAAACAAAUAGUCUGGAUAGCAUAAAGAUUUAAAAGUCCAUUGAUUUAGAUGUAGUUAAAUUACUUGUUUGAGAUAAAAAUCGGUUUUAAUUCAAUGUAGGAAGUAGUACCAUAUAUAAAUUUUAUGUGUAUGUGCAUGUAAAGUGCACUCAUAUUUGGAUAAACACUGAAACACGAAAAUGCUGGAGAAGUUGUUUAAUGGGAGAUUAUCGGUGUCGGUUACAGUUUUUAUGCUGUCCUCUGUUGUUGUUAGGUUCUUUGGAUUAGGGUGCAUAGGGCUGGCGUUUUAUAUGAAGUACGGUGACCACCUCAUUGACGAUGACGUAAUUCCUGGUCUCAACAGUAUGGAUAUCUAUGGCAUGCAGCUGGGGACAUUUAUCCGGGGAGUAGUAUUUUCGACUGUCGUGUUUUUCGUAUUUGAGUUUGUUAAUGGUAUAUUUGGUAUAUAUGCUGGUUUAAAUAAAAGAAAAAACUUCUUGAUCGCUGUAAGUAUAUGUUAUAUAUUUUCUCACAAGUUCGGAAUCAACGUUAAAAGAAAAGACACAAGAAAAGUCAAAAGAAGUAACGGGUGUUUGCAACCAUAGAAACAAAGACAUGCGCAUUAAACAACAGUGAUAGCACAUGGUUGUAGCAGUAAUUGUUAAAAUUUCGUACUACCGGAUUUACUUUUUGGGAAUGAUAAAAAAUAAACUUCAAUGCAGAGAACGCUUUAGGCAAUUAGAGAAGUAAUCUUUUUCAAAAUUGGUUAGUUGACCGACUACAAUACAAGGUACAAAUGUAGCGAUUUGAUGUACGUGCAUGGAGAAAGUAGUAUCAAAUGAACCAGCAAAUAAACGAUAUACACUGUAAGCGUGUUCACCAAGAGAAAAAGAUGUAUAUGUAUACAUUCACGCCUUGAUGCAAAUAGCAGAGAGAACAAAAAUGAUAAGUUGUUAAAAUAGGGCUGCCGGCAAACAGAACGAAAAAAAAAAAAUAAAUAAAUACAUAAUUAUAAUGAAAAAAAAAAACAGACAAAACUCAACUUUUAACAAUAACAACAGCUGGGUAUCUUUGGAAGCUAACUUAUUAUGUAUGACUUAUUUCGUUUGUAAAUCGUUAGUAUCACUAAAAUGUGUCAACUUAGUUUAAUGUUAAUAAAACAAAAUUAUAAAAGAACAUCCGAAGGGUGGAGGAGGGGUUGUCAUCAAGACUUAAAAUGUAUAUCAGUCUUUUUUUUUGUAGUACAUCUGUAUCUGCUUGUGUUUUAUGUUAAUCUGUAUAGUGGAAAUAGUUCUCUGGUCACUAAUGUAUUAUUGGAUAAACCAUGCACUGGAGGAAAACAUUGAAACCUUUUUCAAAAGAUAUUCCGGAAGCCGCCUUUUAAAUGGGUAUGAUCACAACUGGAGAUAUUUAUAUAAUACUUUGGAAUGUUGUGGCACCAACGGAACUGGUAAUACAUGUAGCGGUGUUGAUUCUAACCAUGGUGUGAACUUUCCUGGAUGUUUUGACCUCAUUUCGGAGAAAAUGAAUUUAUAUAUUCAGGUUUAUCUUGGAAUAAUAAUAGUAUGCUUUCUUUGUCAGAUUAUAGGUAUUGUUGCUGCAGAUUAUACAGUAAUAAAACAACAAAUGAAAAGCAAAGGUGUCAAAAAGCUGUCUUCAGAAAGGAGAUAUCUUCUUUGUAUGAAGGAAUAUGGAGUUUUUCGUACGUUCUUAAAAUUCCUGAAGGAAACUUGGAAUAGAACACCCAUAUGCAUUGUGUCAGUUAUUGUGAAAUCGAUAAACAUGCUAUCCAGUGUAGCACUCAUAAUAACUAGUCUAUGGUUUAUAAGAAGUGAUCUAAUAACCAAUCAAGAGUUUUUAUACUACUUCCGGCGAAUGGAUGUAUACAGUUACAGUUAUCACAACGUAUUUACAGGUUUUGCCUGUUGCACACUUGCAAUAGGAACGUUUGGUAUCGUGAUAAGUGUAAUUGGCCUUGUUGGUUCAACAAAACAAUCGACAGCACUACACACAGUUGCAUUUCUGUCUUCUAUUGGACUUGGAGGAUUGAAAAUAAUGGCAUCGAUAUUUUGGGCUGUUAUGCUGAAAGAGAUAACAAACCAUGUCGAAGAUGAGCUGUCCGAGUUAAGUGGAACUCAUAUAUUCUACACUACAUUAAUGUUGAAGUUUGAAUGCUGUGUAAUAAAAGGACACACUGAAGGGUAUUUCUGUUAUUCUAAUAUGCACGAAAGUAUAGUUGAUUACGGACAUUCCUGGACUAAUCAUCGUUCAUAUGUAAACAAUGGGCUCUAUGGAAGCGAUAAAGGUGUAAAGUAUUGUUCUCAAGCUAUCAGAGAACGCUUAUUCGUAAUAUCAGGAUAUUAUUUCUCUUUUUUAAUACUUGGACUAAUUUGCGAUUUCGUAGGACCUAUUUUAAUCAGUAAAGAAUUUAAGGAAAAUCAAGGAGUAAACGUUGCGAAAGAGACCAAGGAAGCUAUGCAUUUGGUUCCAUGGUUAAAUCAUUUAUUUAGACGUGAUAAACCAAGGAGUCUCCUAUUAUCGUUAUACAUAUGUUUGGGAGUUUUUAUGAUGUUACUAGAGAUGGCAUACAUAGUGUUAGCGGCCAUAUUUGGUAUGUCAAACCACGUCAGUAGAGGCUAUAUAGAUCAUAUUGGAGAUUUGUAUGUAUUCUUAGCUAUUGGUAGCAUCGUCCUGGUGUCAUGUUGUAUGAUCAUUAGGUUUGCUGGUUUGAUUGUUGUUCUUAAAAGAUGGAAGAAAAGCCUUUAUGUGAUAACAACUAUUGUAACAAUAAAUACGUUGCUGACGAUGACAUUCUUAAUAAUGGGAUCUGUAUUGCGUUAUGAUGAAUAUCCAUGUAGCUACUACAAUUUGGCAGCUGUUCAGCAUAUCGACUGCUCGUCAGAUUUAGAAUCAACGUCUGGAAUUGCUAUUGGAAUAUUUGUUAUCGAACUGUUUUCACAGAUAUGCGUUUUGAUCAUACAUGAUAGGAUCCAUCAGUAUACAGACCUAACAGACGAGCUAUCUCAAACAGAUGAAAAGAAACAACCAGGACUCUUCAGGACAGUAUACUCCUUUUUGUUGGUAGAAAGACAGUUAUUUAAGAAUAAUCGGAAACUUGAGAUCCCUGUCGCUGUGUAUGUUGGGGCAAGCAUUGUGAUGACGUUACUCGAAACAACGUUCAUUGUUUUGGUAUGCUUUUAUGGCUUUUCAUGGUUACUGGACCGGAGAUGGAUAACAACAGGUUUAUACAUACUCGAUGAAGAAACUGUAAACAUUGGAGUUUUGUUCGAUUUUCUCAAGAUUUCCCUUUUAGCUGUGAUUCCUAUAAUGAGUAUAAAUAGAAUAUGUGGAGUUGUUUCUGUAUUGACAAGACGUAAAAUCUUUCUUUAUGUGGUGUCAGGUGUACAUGCGUUCACAUUACUGCUUUCAAUAAUAUUUCUGAUACUUUCAUCAAUAGUAUUGGGUGCGGUGAGCAGGUGUACCUUGGAUACCGGGUCUUGCCCUUCACGACGAUAUGUUAUAGUUGGUGUAGCAGUAGCCAUAAUUAUUCUUGAAAUCCUAUUACAGGUGAUUUCCUUCCUUGUUCACGACAGAUGCUACAAAUAUUUUCUUCCUGAGGAGGGUACAGAAUCCUUGGUUGGUCCAGAUCAACAAAAAGGAAUGUUUUUAAAGAUGUAUGAUACAUUCUUUAGACGAAGGAAAAAAUUCAGCAGUGGAAAGAUAGAAGUGUUAAUUGCCAUUCAUUUCGUACUAGCUGUAUUUAUUCUUAUGAUUGAAAUAACCUUUGUUGUAUUGGUCUCUGUGUAUGGAUUAUCAUCGGUUCUUGACAGGCAAUGGAUAACAACCGGACUCAGUAGCAUGUAUAAGAUUGCCAUGAAUCUUGAAGUUGUCUUCAAAUUCUUGUCAAUUGGAUGCCUUGUGUUGCUUCCAUUAAUCAGUAUAAAUAGAAUCAUCGGUAUAAUAGCAGUAUCGUGCAGCUGGAUCAAAGUCGUAUAUUUAAAUUCUGUUAUCAUGGCGUUUACACUAUCAAUCAAUAUAGUCUUCAUUUGUCUUGGUGCGAUCUUAUUACACGAAGAAUCUGAAUGUCAGUAUAUGGACGCAUUAAACCCUGUUAUAGUGAAGUGUCCAAAAAUGAGGGCAACAGUUGGAGUAGGACUUGCCAUAUUUUGUUCUGAAUUCCUAAUGCAGGUUUUAUCAGUAGCUGUUAAUGAUAGAAGUCAUAAGUACAUUGAAAAGAUACAGCCUAAUGAACAGGACGACACGACGAAUGCGGAUACAGGAAAAGGACUUUUUCUUAUGAUUUAUGAUAAAACAUUCAGAAGAAGAAAACCUUUCGUAAACGCAGUAAAGACUGAAGUUAUGAUUGCUGUUUAUUCUGUGAUAGCAGUCAUUGUACUUAUGAUUGAAAUACCGUUCAUUGUACUGAACGCCGUAUAUGGGCUUUCACACGUGAUAGACAGAAAAUGGAUAACAGAAGGUCUAAGUAACCAGUACAUAAUGUCUUCAUUGGACCUUGAAGUGUUCUACAAAUUCUUGUCUAUAGGUUCCAUUGUAAUCAUACCUAUCAUUUCGAUUAACCGAUUCGUUGGACUAAUAGCAAUCUCAAUAAAACAGACGAAAAUACUUUAUAUCAAUUUAAUACUGACGAUAGUAGCUUCCGUUGUGACCUUUAUAUUUGUUAUUCUGACAUCGAUUCUCCUUUCUGCUGAAAACAGUUGUACCUAUACUACAGAUGGUAGUAUUCAUUCGUGCCCUGAAAUGAAUUACAUAGUCGGAGUGCUACUUAGUGUACUGAUUAUUGAAAUGUUAAUGCAGAUAACUCAUGCAGUAUUGUCAGUAAAAGUCAAAGACAAAAUUAAAGCAAGAAUAAUGGAUAGUUCAAACCCUUUGCCUGAAUCAAGAAAAGUAUUCCAUCGGCCAAGCCAUAUUCCUGACUCAGACACUAACAUUGGUGACAAUCAUUUAGAUUCAGAAAAUGCUUAGACACAAAAAUGAAUUAGACCUCUGUUAUUUAUUUCUGUAGUAUUUUGUUUCGAAUUAUAAUCCCUGAAGUGUGCAUGCAAAACGAACUGGGAAUUGUUAUCCGGUACCUUAGCUAAAAUGCUCAAAUCGAUUGUACCUACUAUUUAGAAUCAUGCUAUUGUUUAUUAAUAUUUUUACGUGACUUUUUUAUGUUAUAUUUGUUUUAUAUAUGUUAUAAACGCUAGUUUAUCUCAAGAUAGAAGAAUGGAACAAUUUGUAGAUUUUAAUGUCAUGAAUUUGUACAUUCUGUUAAAUAGUUAAAGGACAUACUAUGCUGAGUUAUAUUGUUUUGUUAUUCUUUUUGUCGCAUAUGUUUGUUCAUAGAUUUUGCAUAUUAUAAAUAAAAUUUUGAUAUUUCUC